GCCGGGGUGCGGCGGGAGCAGCUGUGGGAAUCGCGCGCGCGUGGGGCCUCUGAGCGACUGGGGAAAGUGGGCAUUCUUGAGGCCAUCUGCACCUUCUGACCGGGAAAAGAUGGUCAACGUCUUGAAAGGAGUUCUCAUAGAAUGCGAUCCUGCCAUGAAGCAGUUCCUCUUGUACUUGGAUGAGUCCAACGCGCUGGGGAAGAAGUUCAUCAUCCAAGACAUCGAUGACACUCACGUCUUUGUAAUAGCAGAGUUGGUUAAUGUCCUCCAGGAGCGAGUAGGUGAACUGAUGGACCAAAAUGCCUUUUCUCUUACCCAGAAGUGAAAAUACUAAAGAUUGACCACUUAGGAAUUACAAGCAGCAAGUGUGAAAGACCAUCCCCAUUUUGAAUCAUGUGGUCAGUUAAACCUAGCAGAUUGUUUAGGAGCAUGUUGUGGGAAAGACUGUGGGAUCAUUUGUUCAAACAAAAGCCCCUGAACUGAUUGUGUUGUACAUUAGAAUUUAAAAGAAAAAAAAACUUUUAACAGUGGGCUAUUCUUUUAAUAAAAUAAAAAUGUUUUUCUUAC